AAUAUACCUGAUCAACAAUGGCUUUCGGAUUCGGAGGUUCUUCUUCAGCUGCUGCUCCUAUCGCUGCUCCGGUGGCCAACCCUCAGCUUGACGCUUUGAAGAACGAGGUCAGGAAGGAGUUGGCCAUUGCCCAGGCGCAAGAGUUGAUUGGCAAAAUCAACGAGCACUGCUUCGACAAGUGCAUUACUGCACCAGGAUCGACCUUUUCGACUACCGAGCAGGGCUGUGUGUCGAGCUGUAUGAAGAUGUACCUCGAGUCUACGGAGAUUGUGUCGAGAACAUACAUUGCUCGUGUUCAGAAGGAGCGCGCAGCGGGAGCUUUUUAAAUGCAAAUAUAUUUCCGUACAAGAAGUAUGCCUAUGUGAUUCCCUAGCGCCAAUCCUACAGCUUCGGUGCGGGAAGCCUCUUGGUCUGCUUGUUCUUGUCGGCGAAUUGUCGUACGAUGACGGAGCAAGAGGUCUCCUGGCAGAGUUCCCUGCGUUUGCUAGACUUCAAGGCCGUAAGGAAUUCCAAACCGCUUGCCCGUUCGAUAGCGUCGAGAGGAGUUACAAACUCUGUCAAGUUUGUUGCAUUGUCGAUAGGGGCAUUGGGCAAGACGAAAGAACCAAUAGUCACUGUCUCUUGCGGGUUUCCAUUAUCGGCAACAAUCACCUUGUAGAAAUGCGUCGGCACGGCGACAUUGGGCGGGUUGCCGAUCACCUCGUAAGACACACGCCACUUGCCGUCGGGG